AUGUGGUACAACGACUGGUGUUACAGCCCACAUCCAAGACACCCAGGACAAUUUGCGGGAGCUCCGCAAGAAUGCGAUGAUAUGCACGUGAAACGUCCUAUGAACAGCUUCAUGGUCUGGGCCAAAGUUAUGCGACGAAAAUUUGCCGAAGAAAACCCGAAGUUGCAUAAUGCUGAGAUCAGUAAAAUGCUGGGCAAAGCGUGGAACGAACUCACGACCAAGGAAAAAAGACCGUUUGUAGAGAAGGCUGAAAGGUAUAUACGUAAUGUGGAACCAAACUAGGGACUUUAAGAUUGAUGUUUACGACAGCCAGCUAUAAUUGCAAAGAGUAAACUUCAAAUCGUAUUUGAAGUACUAUAUCCAACACGAGUAAGUGUUCUUACAAACAGGUUGAAAGGCGAAGCAUGCAGAGUUUUUUUUACCAUCUUGUCUGUCAAUUUAGAAAUCAGAGGAAGAACAGUUGCGAGUGUUGGAUAUAGCUUUUCAAACGAAUCAAUACUUUGAGACAAAAUCGAGUUUAAAGUUGACGAAAAACAGCCGUAACCUUCCUCUUGUUUCUAUAAAUAAUACAGAAUAAAUAUGCAUUUCUUUUGAAUGAUUUCCUUCAUGAAUUAUUAAUGAGCUUGGGAACGUUCUACAAGUUUUGGACAACUAAUUCUUGCUUCAAUAUUCACGCACAUGCAAAUAGUCCUAACUUCGAAAAGCUAACAGACUAACAGUCGACUUCAAAAUACGAUUUGCCAUUUGCCCAGAUCUGUUGCUGGUCUGCCGCAAUCUUAAAAUCUCUACUGUCUUGGACAGAGACACGGUCAAGCACGAGUAUUUAGAUAGGUUUCUGUAACUGUAAGCACACAGAACAGCUGAUGGUAUAGGCAACUUCAGAAAUGUAGUAACAUGUAUAAGAAGAAAUUAAAAGCAAACCAUUCAAUUAUAUUUCUCUCUUUCCAAGACAACAGCAUAGAAUAAAAAGAAAUAGCUUUUUCACUCUGAAAACUGUGGAUCGACCACCAUCUGCUGCGUGACAGAGCUUAUUUGAAACCCGCAAAAACUAUAUAGUUUCAUGUAUGCUGCUUUGCAUACAUCGUGACAAGUGUUAAAUGUUUUUGUAGUAACGAGAACAAAUGACGGAAAAUAUGCUAAUUAGGCAUGCGAGUUAGCCCAAAAUAUGAAUUGAAUGGCAAUGGUCUUAAACAUGCAUUAGUUCAAUGAUUCCUCCCAUUUAUAAUGGUUACCUUUGGUUUAUUCUAUGCUUGUAUUAUUAGUACUGUGGUAACUAGACGUGUGAGUUAUCCGAAGACGCACUCAGGCACAGAUUUUAAAUGCUUGGUUAGCUUGGCUUAUAUAUAGUUUCUAAAUGCUUACAUUAUCAGAACAGUGGCAACUAGACAUGCGCAUAGACUAUAGUUAUCCGAAAAUAUACUCACAUAUAAAUUUGAAAUGCUUACAUUAUCAAUACAGAAUAGUAACUUUUGGAAUGUGAAUUAUCCGAAAAUGCACUCAGGCACAGAUUUUAAAUGCUUGGUUAGCUUGGCUUAUUUCUAUGCUUACAUAUAGUUAUCCGAAAAUAUAUUCACAUAUAAAUUUGAAAUGCUUGGUUACCUUCGUUCCAUUAUAUGCUCAAUACCUCUAGAAUAGUAACUAAGGUAUGCGAGUCAGUAUCUGAAAAUACACUACGGUAUAGAUUUUAAAUGGUUACUUUUGUUUCAUUCUGUGCAUGCUUACACCACAGCGAAAACUAGACAAGUGGGUAUCUGAAUUGUAUAAAACUAACCCUUGCUCCGAUGUGUUUCUAGGUUACGAAUACUCCACAUGAAAGAACAUCCAAAUUAUCGCUACACUCCAAAGAAGGAAGCGAAAAAGAUGGGCUGUGCUGGCUUCCCCCAUCCCUACGCGUCGUUCCCCCGGCCCUAUUACCCCGCGGUACCCAAUGUCUCCGUGGUCCCCUCCAGUAACCGUUUCCGUUUCCCAGACCCAAGUCAAUAUGUCGAGGGUGGAGGUGUCCCUCCCAGGUAUAUCUAUAGUCCCGUACCCCCAUUGAGUCAUCCACCUUCCCCCAAUACUGCGGGACCACAUCAUAUGGCAGGCCACCCCGCCUCACCGAAUAACCAUGGGUAAGGGUAUAUUACCAUAUUUUUAUUCUGUUCAAACCAAUGAACCAUGUAGAAGCAUAGAGUUUAACUUCUUGGAAAAAACGACUUCGAGAAUACUAAUACUAUUUUAUAACUUCUCAAAAAAACAGUAUUUGUACAUCAAAUUCAAAGCAAAAUUUGACUUUAUCUAUAUAGACAUUAAUCAAAGCAUUUUUUUAUCAUAAAAGCUUUAAUACUGUUAAUGGAAAAGGUUUACAUUGUCAUACACUUUGAACAAGGAAACUUCUAUGGUGUAAAUUAACCAGCCUUAAGUCUUUGAAAGAGGUUAAUACUGUCACACACUUUGAUCAAAGAAACUUUCGAUAGUCUAAACCAGUCUUAAGUCUUUGAAAGAGGUUAACACUGUCACACACUUUGAUCAAAGAAACUUUCGAUAGUCUAAACCAGUCUUAAGUCUUUGAAAGAGGUUAACACUGUCACGCACUUUGAUCAAAGAAACGUCGAUAGUCUAAACCAGCCUUAAGUCUUUGAACGAGGUUAACACUGUCACACACUUUGAUCAAAGAAACGUCGAUAGUCGAUAAACCAGUCUUAAGUCUUUGAACGAGGUUAACACUAGCUGUCACACACUUUGAUCCGAAAGAAACUAGUUCCAUAGUGUAAACAAGGUAACAUAAAUUAUCAUAUCAAGCGCCGUUGAACAUGAAUUAUAGCCAUGUGAACAAUCUAAUUCACCAUUUUAACCAAAUGACAUAAUUUGGUCCUCAAUGGAAAAAGUUGAAAAAAUUCGCAAAUUGAGUUCAGACUAUGCUAUUCCUGCGCAAAAUCAAUGAUUUGCCCGAUAAAUGAUGGCGUACUAGACCGCGUUUACACUAUACUACAACGCCUAAAAUUCCGUUAAAAAUGCAUUACGUUUUUUAGUAUUGCGUUUACUCUAUAACGGAGUGGUUUGCCGAGUACCAACUACGGCUACAAAUGACAACCGGUUACGGGAAGCUACCGUAGCGUUAUAGUGCAAAACCGCGCAGCCUAAAUCAUUUCUGUGUAUUUUUUAGGAUGCUAAACCACCUUGCUAAUCACUCCAUAUCACCAGACGCGGUUAUCCCGCAUCAUCUAUCAAACCACGGCGGUUCGCCAGCUCCGCACAACCACCAGCUUCAUCUGAACCGAGUAGAGAGACCCUACAGCCCCCAAGGUAGCCCCGAAAGCCAAACUAGCAGCGUCUACCUUUCUCCACCGACUUACCCGCAAACAGAGGACGACUAUGCGCAGCAAGUUCACCCUCAAACAAUGAGCGGUGUACGGCAAACUAGCCCGAGAUUUGAAGCAGAAAGCAGCAAGAAGACUUAUAUAAACCUCUCAACCCCACCGGUAGAGGGGAAAGGAGUACAUGGCGGUGAAAAGUCGCCUUACCCGUACUCUCCAGCUACAACCCCAACAUAUCCACAAGAAAAAUACAACGGUUUUGUCGCAGGUUCAAAUCAUGCAUGGCGUGCGCAAGAGGCUAUCACCGUAAGAGAAUCCCAAGCAAGGCCUUCGACGGUGAUCGCGUGCGAAGCCGCACAGCGUCCAACAAUUUCUCACGCAAGUUCAACUGCACGCGUCGGACAACUGAGCGAUAUGAGCGCUUUUGAUCACCUCAGAGAGCUCCUAUACGACGAUCUAAAUCGUGAUGAAUUUGACGUGUACCUCGUCAAAAAGGAAAUAUAAUAUUUACAAGGCACUUGAAACGUGUCAAGAACUUGGUGUAACAGAUUACAAGUGUAAAAAAGUAUAUCAACGCGAUGAAAGGGUGCGUUUGAGCAUCUUACAGAUUUUCUCUGCGAAUUGUCACGAAUGUGACGCGCACUUGGAACAAAAAGGAAACAUAAUGUUUACAAAGUACUUGAAAUGUGUCAACAGCCACUCGAACGAGAUAAGUGAAACAAACGUUUAUGCUAUGAUACGUGUGAAAGGACUGCCUUUGGCCGCCUGUGUGGAAGACGCGCUGUAGAAAAUUGCGAACGCUUAGACUCCUUAUACACUACAAAUUUGCUCAAUAGAACGCUGGCAGCGAUAUUUUGUAAAACGUAAUUAUUCAGAAGGCUGGAAAGCUCGUCUCCCGUCAGGACAUUUAAGUUGCGACGCGCAUAGUUUAUUCUAAAGCGGGCUUUGGGUUUUUCUCGUGUCUCGUUGGUCGAGGCCGCGAGUCGUGCCAUCGUGGGGCCGGAUCAGACGAGAACUGGCAAGUCACGCGAGCUUGGGUAGCUGUUUUUUUAAUGCUUUCCCAACACUAUCAUGUAUUCUAUUUAAGUUAGAACGUGGCUGGAACACUUAUCAAACCUAUAGUUUGCUAAUCUAGAGUUCGAAAUGUCCCCUGUAAUAAUGCGUGCCUGCCAACUCUCAUCAAGGGUCUCAUCCUCUACUGUCCGGGGCUGUCGAACUGUUCAUAUGCUGAACAUCAAACAGUGAGUUUACGUCAUUUCCAUAGUUUAAGACCGGCGCAUGAUAAGCGCAAGUUGGAACUUGGUCAGCUUUUUGUUUGUUUAGCUAAAAAUCUUGCCUAAAAUUUUAUAAAUCCCAUUGAAAUGCUACUUAAAUUAAAAGAUUAAACUAAAGUUGAAGUCUACAAAGGAAGCAGGGUAUAUUUGACGGACAUUUCCCCUGACCUUGGUUUAAGUCAAUGAAUAUAUUCCUUGAACGAAUUACAUUCACAUUUUGACGUACAAAAGGCAAAGAGAAAUACCACCUAAUUAUCAUUUUCCUAAUGCCACAGAAUUAUAAACGUUCAUAAGAUAAGUCAUUUUCGUGUUAAAUUUCUUCGUUUGUGAAGUGACACCAUACACACGAAGUCGUUUAAUUUAAUACAGUCAUUUUAAAAUUACCUCAAAGAAUACUAAACACUCGGUUAUCGCGCCUCGUUUUUCAAACAACCGUUCGGUAUUUGAAAUCACAUAAUAAACUCCACUUCGAGUGCGCUAUACCUUGUCAAACAAACCAGGAUUUAAACUUGAAACUUCAAUACAAAUUGGCUGUUUUUAUUUCCUUGUUAUCAAUGACAACGUUUUGGUAAAAUAUUUUCAGAAAUAUUGAAAAGAAUAAUUCUGCAAUAUUCUUUGUAAGUUUGGAGUAACAUUUAUCGAUGGCCCUUACUGAACCUUGUCUAGGGAACAAGAGUUAUGCAGUAUAAAGUUAGCUUGCUAACGCACGACCCACGAAACACGAGUGAAGUACAAAUAUAACCUUUCCACUUGGCCAGCGCCAGCUGACGUGCUGUGUUGACAUGUAGGAAUGUCACGAGCGGAAAUUCCCUUGCAUGGGUUGUGCGCCAAAAUCGGUCACAUACCGAAUUGUUUGCGGCGCUAAGCGAGCCUCGAUGACAGUAGUCUGAGCUAGAAAUUAGAUUAUAACAUGAGAAUGUAACACUCAUGACCUGUGAUAGGAAUCAUCGCUAUUAAGCUUUCUGUCAUCUCGUGAGCAUGUAUACCUGAUACGCACUCGAGAUUGCGUGCACAGGUUACAACAAAAUAAAAUUCCGUAAAUGCUUACACCGCAUGCAUCUCUGCAAGCAUCUACGCUUGUUUGAUUAAAAAGCAUGUUGUUUUGCGCAAUUUGGGCAUAUUAUGCAAAUUUGCGCAUAUUAUUCAAAUUUGCGCACAUCAUUCAAAUUUGCGCACAUCACUAUAAUUAGGCACGCAUUAGAUGCGCAAAUAAUUUGUUGUCUUAUCUGCGUAAACGAUCUGACAGACACUUCAAAUUAUGAUGGAUAAUAAACUUAUCGCAUGUCCUCACCGAUUGAGUUGUGUCAACGGUAACUUUGAAGUAAGGCGCUUUUAAAGUUUAAGUCUCGCGACUGCAUGAAAAAACUGCGUCAAAAUUUUAACAGGUUUUUUAAAGCGAAAACAUUUGCGUCUGUAGUGUAUUUUUAAACCUAAUUUGCUGUAAA